CAAUCCCUCAAUCAACCACCAUCAUGGGCUGGACCCCCCGAAAAAGACCCAUCGACCAAGUCGACCUCACCGCCGACGAUGUCCCCGCACCGCCCUCCAAGUCACCCCGCACCAGCCACGGACAACGGUUCGGCCAGGACACCUCCUUCGUGCCACUGAGCCACUCCUCCCAGGUGUAUGCGGGGGAUGACGGGGAUGACGGGGAUGACGAGGAUGACGCGCAAGCGGCGGAUGUGAUCCCAGGUAGCCAGGACGCCAGCGAUUCGGCAGACGGCUCUACCAUGCACUAUGGCGACCUGCAGACCAAGAUCGUGGGCGUCCGGUACUACAGAGGCCACGCCACGCUGGGCGAGCACGUCCGGGUCAGGCGCGAGGCGACGAACCAGUAUGACUCGAAUGCGAUCCGCGUGGAUAAUGUCAUGGGCGCGCAGAUUGGGCAUAUUCCAAGGACUAUGGCGGCGAAGUUGGCUAAGUAUAUGGAUGACCGGUCCCUCACGGUGGAAGGCAUCUUGACGGGCGUCAUCGGCGCAUAUGACUGUCCCAUUGUCUUGAAGCUGUUUGGCACGAGUAAUAUCGAAGCGCGGCAGGAGCUGAAGAGCAGAAUGGAGUUCGAUAAGCUGCCGCUGGGUGGCUUCCGGCAGACCGAGCGCGACGAGCGUAAACUGCAGAAGGAACGGGAGAAGGCCCGGAAGGAAGCGGCCAAGUUGGCUCGGUCUCUGGCCAAGGGCAAAGGCGCGCAGCUGCAGGCGGAGAACAAGUUCGGCUAUGCCAACCUCUUCACCGGGGAAGGGCUCCAUGAGGGUGAGGAGAGUCUUGCGGAACUGAUUGACCAGAGCAGCUCUUUCAACCCCCGGGACAUUGGCCAGGUCGCAGAGGAAUUCGGUCUGAAGGAAUCCGACCUGGAGAAUAUGCCUAUGGCGGAGACCCCGGCGGCUCUGGCCACUGAGCUGCUUCCGUACCAGCGACAGGGCCUCGCCUGGAUGAUUGCCCAGGAGAACCCGCUUAUGCCUCUGAAUGGGGGCGCGGAGGUCGUCCAGCUCUGGAAGAGGAAGGACAACAAGUACACGAAUAUCGCGACCAACUAUUCCAUGUCUCAGGCGCCCCCUCUGGCGAGUGGUGGUAUCUUGGCGGAUGACAUGGGACUGGGCAAGACCAUCCAGGUCAUCUCGUUGGUUCUGGCCAAUUCCCAGCCGAAGACUCCGAAGUCCUCCAAGACCACAUUGAUUAUAGCCCCGGUGGGGGUGAUGAGCAACUGGAGAAACCAAGCGCGGGACCAUACCCAUAGCGAUAAGGCUCCGAACGUGUUCAUCUACCACGGCCCAGGGAAGAAGGCGGCGGGCAACCUGGAUCAGUACGAUGUGGUUGUCACGAGCUACGGUGCUCUAGCCAUGGAGUACAAUCCUACCGCUAAAUCGCCCCCGAAAAAGGGUCUCUUUUCCAUUCAUUGGCGCCGCGUCGUUCUGGACGAAGGACAUACAAUCCGCAACCCACAGUCCAAGGGCGCUCUGGCAGCUUGUCACCUGCGGGCCGAUUCGCGCUGGACGCUUACGGGAACGCCUAUCGUGAACACCCUCAAGGACCUCUACUCCCAGAUUCGCUUCUUGAGACUGUCUGGUGGCCUCGAAGAUCUCGCCGUCUUCAACAGUGCUCUGAUUCGGCCUCUCAUGUCCGGCGAUCCUGAUGCCCGUUUGCUCCUUCAAGCUCUGAUGGGGACCAUCUGCUUGCGCCGCAGAAAGGACAUGAAUUUUGUGAACCUGCGCCUGCCUCCCCUGACGUCUCGCAUCCUCCGCAUCAAGUUCCACGCUCACGAGCAAGAAAAAUACGACAUGUUCCAGUCCGAGGCAAAGGGCAUGCUUCUGGAUUUUAAAAACAAGGACGACAAAACUAAGGAAAAGGGCGGCGCCACAUACUCCCACCUUCUCGAGGUCAUCCUGCGUCUGCGACAAGUCUGCAACCACUGGGCCCUCUGCAAGAACCGGAUCGACAAACUCGCCGGCCUGCUCGAAAGCAACAAAGUCGUCCCACUCACCCCCGAAAACGUCAAAGCCCUCCAGGACAUGUUGCAGAUCCGGAUCGAAAGCCAAGACACCUGUCCCAUCUGCCUCGACAACCUGGACCAACCCGUCAUCACCGCCUGCGCUCACGCGUUCGACCGCGAAUGUAUCGAGCAGGUCAUCGAGCGUCAGCACAAAUGUCCCAUGUGUCGCGCCCACAUCGAAGACACAACCACCCUAGUCACCCCGGCCGUCGAGAUGGGCGAAAGCAGCGACAGCGACACCGUUGCCGCAGACCCCGACAACCCGAGCAGCAAGAUCGAGGCGCUGAUCAAGAUCCUCACCGCGCAAGGCCAAGCACCCGGCACCAAAACCGUCGUCUUCAGCCAAUGGACCUCCUUCCUCAACCUGAUCGAACCGCACCUCCAGCGCCACGGCAUCGGCUACGCCCGCAUCGACGGCAAAAUGUCCUCCACCAACCGCGACAACUCCACCCACCGCUUCUCCACCGACCCGUCCUGCAGCGUCCUCCUGGCCAGCCUGAGCGUCUGCAGCGUCGGCUUGAACCUCGUGGCUGCUAACCAGGCCAUCCUCGCUGAUAGCUGGUGGGCGCCCGCCAUCGAGGACCAGGCUGUCGAUCGCGUCUAUCGACUUGGCCAGAAGCGUGAGACGACCGUCUGGCGCCUCGUUAUGGAAGAUAGUAUUGAGGAUCGGGUUAUUGCUGUCCAGGAGAAUAAGCGGAAGCUGAUGCUGGAGGCGUUCCGCGAGACGAACACGAAGAAGAAGAAGCCUGAUGAUAGAGCGACCCGUGUUGCGGAUUUAGAGAAUCUGCUUAUGUAGAUGGGUUAGAUUAGAUGUCUUUGUCUUCUCCCUGUCAGUUGUUCUGCCACUCAUUGUUCUACGUGCCUUCGGUGUGCUUUUGCAUUGUGUUUCUCUCUACGUUUCUCACUUUCCACCGGGGAACACUACAGUGAGAGAUAGAGGAUUGACUCCAUAUCGGGAUUCUUUUUCGUUUCUGUGUGACUAUUAGUUCCUUUUGGUGACGAUGGCAAUACCUUCCGUCUCGGGAUUCAGGAAUCUAACUUUCUGAUCCUAAUCUAACACGGUUAGUACGCCUAAUUUCGGUGUGCAUAUUUUCAUAUCUGUCUCAAAUACCAGGUGUCAUUGAGGUUCAUUCAUCUCUACUAGGUACUAGGUGUAUGUUCCGAUGUCAUGUGAUUGGAUCAAAAGCCGGCCGGCCGGAUUGAUUCCACCCAUCUAUCUAUCUGAUGAAGUGACUCUUAGAAA